GUUUCCAAUCCACGUCUUUCGACUCCAGUCACAGCAGACGCGUCUCUCCCGGUGUUCCGGCCGACGUGCCUAAACUUGCACGGUAUAUCCCCGGCUCAUCCGCCCAAACCUGGGAGACUGCUGCCGCAUAUCGUGCGAGCUUCAUAGAGCACCGGAGACAUGGAGUCCCUGACCCUGAAGCCGGCGAGCGCCAUCGACACUAUCCUGGCCCUAAGAGACCCACGGACCAAGAACUGGAUUACGCUACAGAACCCCAUGUACAUCGCGGCCCUGCUGGGCACGUACUUGUACGUGGCCAAGUCCUUCGGGCCGCGAUUCAUGAAGAACAAGCAGCCGUACUCCGUAAAGCGGACUGUGAUGGCGUACAACCUGUUCCAGGUGCUUGCCAACGUGUAUUUCCUGUGGCGGAUCUUCUAUCACUCCUUCUGGGCAGCUGGAUACAGCGCCUACUGCCAGGGUCUCACCUACAGCGCUGACCCACACGCGUUGAGCCUGCUCGACUCUCUUUACUGGUACCUGUGGGUGCGCGUGGCCGACUUCAUGGACACUGUGUUCUUCAUCAUGAAGAAGAAGUUCUCGCACAUAAGCGUCCUCCACGUGGUGCACCACACCAUCGUCGUGUUCAGCGGCUGGAUGUUCAUGCAGUUCGGCGCCGAUGGACAGGUGGUUCUCGGCGUCUGCGUGAACUCGUUCGUGCACAUCAUCAUGUACACGUACUACUUCCUCGCCUGCCUCGGGCCGUCGGUGCAGAAGUACCUGUGGUGGAAGCGAUACCUGACCAGGCUACAAAUCGGGCAGUUCGUACUGCUCAUUGCGCAUGCGUUUAUCCCCAUCUUCGUGGACUGUGGCUAUCCUCCCCUUCUGCUCUACAUCGCCAUCCCUCAGGUCGCACUGGUUCUUGGACUGUUCAUUAAUUUCUACAUCCAGGCGUACAACAGCCGGAAGACGGCAUCCGCGGAAAAGGCAGCGAACGGACAUUCCAAAUACCCUGAAGAGAACUCGUCGUCGGCCGUUCCCACCAAUGAAACGGCCAAUGGAACUGCUAACGGAACAGCUAGCAGAACUGCCAACGACGCUGCGAAAAAAAUAGCCUGACGAAGAUACGUGUCAGUGUUUGUAAAUAGAAACUUGAAAUUCCGAGCGAGAACUGCCAACGCGAUGUUUGUCUUUUGUGGGACUGUUCCUUGCAAACGUUGUUCGUUGAUGUGCGAGAGUCUCUAUAGAUAUUAUUUUUGGCAUGUCUUACAGGGUUGUUGCUCAUUUAGUGUCAAUACGAAUUGGCUGACCGACUGUGAAAACGUAAUCAUGUCGCGCGACUCAUGGCUAAAUAUUCCAAGUAUGAUGGUUUCCGAAACCACUGGGAAACACUGCAUCAUUGAAAGCACAUCUAUGAACGUCGUGUUGUGCUUCUCAUAUCUAAAAGGCUGUCUAUGAAAGCUUACCAGAAGCAUUUCUCUUUUAUGGGCUUCUGCGGCAGUUGUCCCAGUUCCUUGCGUGAUAAGAUCUACUAGACCAACAGCCGAAUGAAGGUGAUGUUCAACUGAUCGCGGAAGGUUUGAAAUAUUAGCCUGUGCAAAAACACUGUGCAUAGAACAGUUAGCCCCUUUGAUUUGAGCAUAAGAGUUGACGUAUGCUUCAUUAGUUUAGGAAAUACAGUACGAUACUUUCUUUGUUACACAAGUUCGCGAUCCAGAGGCUGCAAUGUACCUGCGGUUUUGUUUGAAUUGUUUUAUAUAAUUCAAUGUUAUAAUAAUGCAAUUCAGACAUAAAAUAUGAAAUGUAUGUCUUUGUAUUAGCGCUAGCUCACCAUCACAAUAAUGCCUCCGGCUUUCAUUGUUGGUUUCCCGUGACGAAAUAAGAUGCCUAAGCAUGGCAUUUAUGUUUGUGAAAGUGUAUUUGACACUGUUAUUAGGGCAUCCGUUCACCGAAAAAAGUUGGUUGCCCUCUCCCAUACAUUAAUCUACGCAUCGCGGAAACAAUUUGCAGAGGCACGUCAUGCAAUUUUCUCCUCAGUAUAACCUGGUCACUGACAUCUUUCACUUAUGGAGUGGAGACAGCGUAGUAAAGUAUGUUCCUAUAGCCAAAGAGCGAAAAAAAAAAAGGCUUCCCAUGUAGUUAUGCUUAAGCUGCGCGACUGGGCAACGUUCCGUAUGUCGCCUGAUGCGUAUUGUGAUAUAUUAUUUCUUGCUAGCGCGUGGUAUUCCCAACCUACGUAAAAGGGAAAAGACAAAGGAUUGUGCACAUGUUUCAUAAUGUAAAAUGGGUCGCCAGGUCAGAUGUGUAGGAGCGAUUGCUCGCACGAAUAUGCGGGGCUGUCGAAGGACUGUGCGGCCAAGCUCAGAUGGGGCUAUAUACUGGCGUUGCGAGGCUUUACGUCUAUAUUCAAAAAGCUUUUUUCUUCUUAACCGCUGCUUACCAUUGGCUGACCGCAUUGGCUAAUAAGAUGUUCAACAUUAUGAUUGGCUGCAACGCGCUUUUACGAACAGCGUUAGCGUAAGAACUUGUUUCUAAUACGGCUUGUCUUACUUUAUUACAAUGUUAGCAGUUUUGAAGGGAGGGCUCCACAAGUACCACGCCACGACCGCAAAACAAUCCCGGUGACGGUUUUGACAACGAUAGUACGCCGCACAAAUAGGGCCUCUUGUUAACCUUUCAUAUAAAACGGAAGUCGAGUAGCUUGUGCGACGUCUCUUGCUUUUCGAAAAAAAAAAGAACGCAUUGACAUUAGCUCCUCCAUGGUCCAUUGGCAUCCCGGUGCUCCUAUUAAUUAAGCCGACGAGAGCUAUAUCACUGGUGCACGAUAAUUUGUUGAGCAUUUCAUUUACGUGGCAUAAGGCCCACGCUCUCAAGGUGUGUGUCAUGAAAUCUCUCCGCUUUAUGUCUCAUCCCCGUCCUUGUGCAUUUCCUUAUGUAUUUGUGUAUUUACACAAUGUCCUUGUGUAUUUGUCUGUUGUUCAAAUUGUGAAUAAAUGCAUUUUUCUAUGCAAAUUGGAAGAUCAGCUACGACUGAUCCAACGAGCUGAGCGGAUGGCCCGUGCUAGUGGGGCCUUGGAAUAGGGGCACCACCCUGCUGGACAAACUUCGUCUUUAACCCCCUACCCCCUCUGUGGACUGGGGUAGGAGCCU